AUGACAGUUUCGUGUAUGGACCCGCGCGUUAUCCCGGAAGAACUUUGCGGCUUAUCCGCAGGCCAAAUCCCAGUGAUUCGAUGCGCCGGAGGGAGAGCACAGCUUGCCGUCAAUGAUAUUGCUGUUCUUAAUGCACUCAUCGGCAUCAGUGAGAUUGUUUUGAUACACCACCAAGAUUGUGGGCUGAUGCACAAGACUGACGAACAACUUCGGCAAAAAGUCACAAGUCUAUCCGUUUCUGCAGCCUCGAACAUCAAUUUCGACGGACUGGCCAUCGACGACUUGCGCCAAAGCUUGAAACACGACAUUGCCUGGUUGAGUCAGCAUCCACUCAUUAAGCACGAAACUAUCAUUACGGGACUUGCUUAUGACAUCGACACAGGGGCUCUGGAGCGAGUUGAUUCAGAUCUCUUGUAA